GCAGUCCAUUUUCUCUGUCGUGAUCAACCAACCAGGUUAAUGGAGAUCCAGAAAGAGAACCGCAACAUCCACGACCACCAACGCCGUCAGAUGGCGGCGAAAUUCGAGCUGAAGCGCAAGCUUUUCAAGGCCUUUCUAAGAGAUCCUGAUCUCCCUGCCGAGGUUCGGGAACAGCAGCAGUACAAGCUGGCCAAGUUGCCCAGAAACAGCUCCUUCACGCGCCUCAGAAACCGGUGCAUCUUCACGGGUCGCCCUCGCGGCGUGUACCAGUUCUUCCGGAUGUCCCGUAUCGUUUUCCGUGAAUUGGCCUCCCGAGGUGCUCUCAAUGGCGUUAAGAAAGCGUCUUGGUAGAGGAGUAAGGAAGGGAUUAUAUUUUGUGCUUCUGUUAGAUUGAACGAACGAACGAAAGAUAUUUGUGAUUUUGAAAUGAAAUAUUUGCUUGUUUACGGCGAUGUUAGAAAUAA